AUGAAUCCUCCUGCCUAUCCGGGGACCCGGUCUCGUGGCCCCGUGCCGCUUCCCCUUGUUGAGGAGACAUCCCAUAUAGACUUGGGUCAACCAGGUCGCCUGGCACCACGAUGGCUUCAGGAUUUUGUUUCUGGCGAGCUCGAAGCUGGCCUCAACGCCGGCGCUACCUUUCAAGAUAUAGGCUGUGCGAGUGACGCUUUUCGCCGAGAGGAAGCCAGGAAGCAGGGCGGUAUCUACUAUGACGAUGCCACACCUCCUAUCAUGCGUCACGAGCUUCUUCUAAAAGGACACCAAAGCUUUCAGGGAGAGCCGUCAUCAAGCCAGCCUCUACUCCGCGCCGACGGGAACGUGUGCUACGAAGUUCUUGCAUGUGUCUGCCAGAACUGCCGGUAUCACUUUACAUUUUAUAUUGACAGGACGCAAAAUCAGUCGUGCGGUACCACUCGUGGCAAUAACAGCAACAACACCGACCCGUUUCACCAUCUCGUUCAUGUGCUCACUGAGAAGAGCGCACCGAGGCCGAUCGACAUCAAGUUUUACCCGUUCCAUGGCAGGGGCACGUACACCUGCUCCUCGAAAAAGUGCUCGUUCAAGCUCAUAGUAGAAAUUUCGAGCCCUCGCCUCAGCGACCAUCUCCUGGACUAUUUGACCGACCACGACGGCAUACGCAAUCGCCUCAAACGAGCCAUGGAAGAUGAGCCCGAACGGUUCGCAGAUGUCGCCAACGUCACGCCUAAUGCGCUGGCGUAUCUCAGAGCCUACUUGCGGGACAUCGUUGAAGGCAGGAGCGAGAAGAACCCAGACGGCUCAGAGAUCGAACGGAAAAUUGAUCAAAGAAACAAGAAGUUUUUUAUUCAGUUCGGCAACGGGCCCGAAGCCGCUGAACUGCUCACAUAUCUUGGGUUUGAGGAGAUCAUCAACGAAGACAGCCGGGCGUGGAAGGUGCCUUGCCCAGCAAUCACACGGCCAACCCGCCCCGGAUCGCAGCUUGCAUUUUACCAGGACGUUAAAAGUGAAGUCGAGACCAUCAUUGGCAAAGACAGUCAAAACAUGAAGCCAAAUGCCGCGAUCAGUUUCAUCACCAAUGCCCUUGAUAUUGACGACUUUGCGACUUCAGACUAUGGCUACAACGAGUAUCGCAUCUCGGAUUACGCAGAUCUUGGCCUGCUUCCUCGCAUGCACGAAAGGUACUUCUGGUAUGCCUUUACGUGUCAGAGCCAGACAAAUCCACGGAUGAAAGACGACUACUUUCUCUGUUUGAAGCGUCUCGCUCAGGGUCGGAAUAACGAGGACCUUGAGCUUCGUAUACAGUCCUUCGACUCGAUACGCACAGCCCAACCUAAGGAUUCAUUGCCGGCAGGAUCAGAGGAGGACGAUAUCCGCCUUGCGACCGAGCGGUCUCUUCAAGACACCCAAACGACAGUAGUUUCGCACCAACUGUCAAACACCGACAAAGUAAUCCAGGCAUACAACUACUUUGGCCUGGAAGAAGGCCAGAGGAGCGACGAUGAGGUUCUGGCCAAAUUUUUGUCAAACUCAGAUGCCUACCCAUCACAGAAAUCCAACUUUCGAGAAAAGCUCCUACUCAUUGCCCGUCAUACACAAAGUCUGAAUCUUCAAAAAAUGGCGGUGGAGGAUAUGUCAUACGAAGAAGCUCUUAACUACCUCGGCGUGCAAAAUGACACAGACGCGAGUUAUAUGACCGCGAUCUCGUCGCUGCAGCACUGA